CGUAAUAGUGACGCAAAGACGUCAUUAGAGUAUUCGGAAGCCCGGCGAAAGUGUUUGUUUUGAAGUAGUAUGGCGGUGGGUUCUUUAUUGUAUGAAAAUCUGAUAAUUGUGUGAAACUGUUUCUGAGUAAGGAUUGAGUAUGCAACCAGCAGCGAAAGGGGAUGCAGCUGGAGCAUCCCGGCGGCGUUCGGCGGCAUCUCACAACGGAACUGUUGGCAGUCAGAGAGGAGCACAUCUCGGUGAUGGAGGAGAUGCCCAUAUGCCAUCUGAAGAUGAAGAGGCAGAGGAGAGUGGCGAUAACUUAAGGUUUAAUACUCCCGAUGAUCCGGAUAACAGGCGGCAGAUCAGGCGUCAGUACAGAGAGCUGAUAGCUAACAUGCAACAAAACCGAGAGGAUAUGGUUAGCCUCAGUAGCAACAGAUUAACAGAAGCUCUUUUGGAGGCAGACAGACUCUUCAGUAGUGUUAAUCAAGCUAGAGAAGCAGCACUGGAUUCACAGUUUCUUGUGUUGGCAUCAAGUCUUGGAAAAGAAAAAGCUAAUCAGUUACAUUCCAGUCUGACUGUAUUUGAUCCAUCUGCUUUUACAGAAGAUCUGUUGACAUUUAUGGGUCUGAACCGAUUAGAAGGAGGAGGUGAAGCUGACAGCAUGGAAGAAGAUGCCAGUGAUGGAUUUUUACCUGAUGAUGCGUGGUGUAGAUUGGGAAAAGAAGCAGAAAAAAUGUUCUGCCGAGCCCCAACUUUUAAUUUUAUGUUAGGAUCAUUUAAGAAUGACCCUCCUGCUCCUAAGCCUCGAGCAGAAAGACAGAAAAAAGAUCCUAGAAUGGAGGAGAAGAGAGUCAUGCCAGCACAGCUGAAGAGAAUGGAAGAAUCUCAUCAAGAAGCCACAGAGAAGGAGGUGGAGAGGAUUUUGGGACUCUUGCAGUCUUAUUUUAACCAGGAUCCUGAUACACCCAUAUGUUACUAUGAUUUUGUGAUCAACCCAGACUCUUUUGCCCGGACAGUCGAAAACAUGUUUCAUGUGUCUUUUAUCAUAAGGGAUGGAUUUGCAAGGAUAAGACUUGAUGAAGACAAACUUCCCAUUAUUGAGCCUGUAAGUGGGGAAGGAAGUGCUGCCAAAGAUGAUAACCAAGUUCGACACCAAGCUGUUAUUUCUCUAAGUCCCCGAGAGUGGAAGGAGAUCAUAGAGACAUUUGAAAUUAAGGAAGCAAUGAUCCCUCCUGCAGUUUCAAUCUCAGAAGGAUGAUUCUGAUGCCUUUAAACUUAUGUCACUUGAAGAAUUACAGUCUUUCAGAGAACAUACAGCUAAAGUGAAUUUGCUCAUCUAUUCCAGUUAAACAUCAGAAGCUGUUCCACAGAUGUCCUUUACAUUUUCUACCAUUUUUUUUGCAGAACAUGGAAAAAAAUAUUUUAGGUACCCUCCUAUAGUAUUUAUACAAACAAGUAAACUGGCAGUUAGUGUUUUAUUCCACUUAGUGAUUUUAUAUUUUUCUUGGAUUUUAUUUGUAAUUGCAGGGAUUGCUUAUAAGGCACAUAAAGUGUUUUGUUUAUGUAACUACUGAACUGCCAGUUAGCUGUGUUCAGGUGUAUUCUUCAGCUCACUUCCAUGAUGCUCUUGUAAUGCUUUUGGUUUGAGCUGCAGAUUUAAGAACAAAAUCUCUGAACGCAUGUAUAAGUAAGAGAGAAAUGUUCUUUUUUAUCGAUCUUUCACUCUUACACAUAUGCUAUCUAAGGAAAAAUGUGCCUUACAUGUUGAGAGAUUGAAUUAAUUUCUAAUCAUAUUACUAUAACCAAAUACCAGUACAUAGUGUAAAGGUUGAAAUAGUGAGGGAAUGAAUGGCAUUAAAGGAACAAACUGGAAAUGUUCAUUUUCAGUUAGUUUUUUGUUUUACAUGUUAAUAUAAGUGCUGCUGCCUUUAGUAGCAGUGUGAUCUUUUUUAUAUUUAUUUAUUGUGUAUGUUUGUGUUAAGAUCUUGUAAAGACCUUAUCUUUCCUGGUUUAUUAUUAAAAAUUUUGCAGUCUUAUUUAUCAGA